AUGGUUGCCCGGAACUUCUCGUUCCAAGAUCUGCCCUACAAUCGCGUCCUGCAGGUCCCGGACGAGGAGCGCGAGUUUCUGACGCUGGACGAGCUGAAACCGCACCAGCUAACGGAACUGGGCGUGUCGGUGGCUUCCUCGUCCACGCACCCUCAGCACCAGCAACCUCACAGGGGCCUUCCGAUCGGGGCCGGCGUUGCGGUAUCUCAUCCGGUCCUUAGCACCGGCGGCUUGCUGCAAAACUAUCACCACCAUAACGUUUUCUACGAGCUUGGCCCCACGCACUCGUCUUCCAAUGCCAGCACAACGCCCAUCGAGCACCUGACUGGUGGUGGAGCGGAUGCGUCCCUUGCGCUGGAGUCCUCGCUUACCGGCACAAUGUCCGCGGUGAGCAACCUGAGCGCCCUCUCGACGGCCGGAAGUGGCAGUCACCAUCUGCACCUCCCCACCGAACACAGUCACUCCCACCAUGGCCACCAGCAUGUCCCGUCGGGUGGGCAACGGAAGCGAAAGUUUUCCUUCAAUGAUACUAGCGAUAUCGAAGAUGACACCUGCGACGACUCGAAGUCUGUCAGGACGGCCGACGAGAGCAAAAAACAAAACCAUAGCGAAAUCGAGAAACGUCGGCGGGAUAAAAUGAACACCUACAUCACGGAGCUAUCCGCUAUGAUACCAAUGUGCCAUGCGAUGUCACGCAAGCUAGACAAACUGACCGUGCUGCGGAUGGCCGUACAGCACCUCAAGACGAUCCGGGGGGCGGUACAUUCGUACACCGAGGGUCACUACAAGCCGGCCUUCCUGUCCGAUCAGGAGCUGAAGAUGCUGAUCCUACAGGCGGCCGAGGGCUUCCUGUUUGUGGUCGGAUGUGAUCGAGGCCGAAUUUUGUACGUGUCGGAAUCCGUGUCGCACAUUCUAAACUACUCUCAGGGGGAUUUGCUUGGGCAGAGUUGGUUUGAUAUUCUUCACCCGAAAGAUGUUGCCAAGGUAAAGGAACAACUGUCUUCGUCCGAUUUGGCCCCAAGGGAACGAUUGAUCGAUGCGAAAACCAUGCUGCCGGUCAAAACGGAUGUUCCGCAGGGAGCCACGCGGCUUUGUCCCGGCGCUCGACGCUCAUUCUUCUGUCGCAUGAAGUGCAAGGCGAGCGUCCAGAUUAAAGAGGAAGCGGAACAGACGAGUAGUGUUGCAAGCGCCUCCACCGUCUGUCAUCGACGCAAAAAACAGGUCAACUCCGAUAAGAAAUAUUCCGUGAUACAGUGCACCGGAUACCUGAAGUCGUGGGCCCCGGCCAAGAUCGGGCUGGAAGAGAACGAAACGGACGGCGAGGGAGAAUCAUGCAAUCUGUCGUGCCUAGUGGCGGUCGGGCGAGUCCAACCCAACCUCAGCAGCUUGGCGUCCCAGGGCGCCCUGGCUAACAUUCCGAACCUGCGAAACGUGCAGUUCAUCUCGCGUCACGCCAUGGACGGCAAGUUCCUGUUUGUGGACCAGCGGGCCACGCUGGUGCUUGGUUUUCUGCCGCAGGAGCUGCUCGGGACGAGCAUGUACGAGUACUACCACCACGAGGACAUUCCGGCGCUGGCGGAACUGCAUAAGGCCGCACUUCAAAGCACGCAGUGUGUCACCACGUCGGUGUACCGGCUGCGCACGAAGGAGGCCGGCUUCGUGCGGCUGCAGAGCGAGUGGAAGUCGUUCCGCAACCCCUGGACGAAGGAGAUCGAGUACCUGAUCGCGAAGAACAACGUGAUCCUGUCGGAGUUCGGCGACGGUACGGUGCGGAACGGCGGUUACGGAAGUGCAGGACUGACGGCGUCGGAACUGGACGGCACGAAAGAAGGACGACCGGCGGGGGCUCCGGGGCAACCCGGAGUCGGCUAUGAGUUUUUCAAUCACUCGAAUGGCCGCGAAAUUCAGCGCAUGAUCAACUCGCACGUGGAAGCAAGCAAAAUCGGACGUCAGAUUGCGGAGCAGGUCUUGGACCAUCAGCGGCGUAUGGGUGAUUCUUCAUCGGAAAGCAGUCCCAAUCCGAACGAGCCGGCCCUACAUUCCGCGUUCAGUUCGGCCUUGUCUGAGGCGGCUCACUCGAACGAUGCAAUGUCUUCCGGGGAGCAUAGUAUGGUUACCUCGACGGGCGUGUCACCCUCGUCCGUCCCAAUCGUGCCAACGACGGCGUCAUCCGUUUCUUCCGCUCCGGUUGUCCCGCGAAUCAACGGAACUCUGCCCGGCUACGGACAUGUGCAGGCAAGCACUAUCAUUAGUCCGGAGCAUGAUGUAGCUCAGGGACAAGCAAGUAGCACUGACGGGAAUGACGAGGCGGCCAUGGCCGUCAUCAUGAGCCUGCUGGAAGCGGAUGCCGGACUGGGCGGUCCGGUGGACUUUUCUGGCCUCCCGUGGCCGCUGCCGUGAACGGGAAGAGUUCGCUUAAAAUAAAAUAAAGAGAAGGAGGGAAACAAGCAGCACUUCAUCAAGGCUAUGAUCGUGAUCGAGCGAAGAACGCAGUACCGAAUGUUACCAAAAACUAGUGCGUCUAGAGGUAGGCUAAAGUUUAAGAGGCAUAGGCUACAGUUUAAGCUCCUUGUACAUACCCAUACUAGUACUGUAUAGUUGCAUUUAGUUACAUUCAACGGAGGUCAAAAAGAUGAUCCAUCUUAGUAUGAUCCACCUUACCUAACAACGAUGCGGCUAAAUUUAGACAAAACUAGGUGUUAGAUUGUAAGGGAUAAAUUAGUGGAUAAUAGCCUAAAGAUAGAGAAAAACGUUUCCUAAGGUGUACUGUGAUGGGUUAAUAAUAUAGGUCGUUAUGGUAAAGAAUAAAACUGUGUAUGAUUUGACAAUAAUUA